GUAUUGUGUCUGGAGAGAUACUAUCAGUCAACAUGCCUGAACAAACCAAAGUAGCGAAGAAAGGCUCUAAGAAAGCCGUGACCAAGUCCACCGGUAAAGGAACCAAGAAAAGGAGAAGGGGAAGGAGGGAGAGCUACGCCAUCUACGUCUACAAAGUCCUGAAGCAGGUCCAUCCUGACACCGGCAUCUCCUCCAAAGCCAUGAGCAUCAUGAACUCGUUCGUCACUGACAUCUUUGAGCGGAUCGCCGGUGAAGCCUCCCGUCUGGCUCUGUACAACAAACGCUCCACCAUCUCAUCCAGGGAGAUCCAGACCGCCGUCCGCCUCCUACUGCCUGGGGAGCUGGCCAAACACGCCGUGUCUGAGGGCACCAAGGCCGUGACCAAGUACACCAGCUCCAAGUAAAUCUGCGGCUUUCCGCAAUAACAUAAAGGCCCUUUUCAGGGCCACACACCGCCUCAUAAGAACGACUUCCACAUCA